AAUCCAAGGAAAUCAAAGAAAAUUGAGGAACAUUGAGGACGCAACGGAGGAGAACAGCAGCAAACCAAAACAAAACAAAGCGAUUUAGCUUUUGUUUUCGUUCAACUCAAGAGCGACAACAACAACAACCCACACAAAAAAAUGCAAAACUGGUUGGCUUCGCACGAUGGCGAUGAGGAUGCGAUGGCGGCACCAUCAUCAUGUCCUGCGUCCUCGGAAAACGCUAACCGGAUCUUUGGCGACAUAACCACCAAUCGACUGUGGACAUUUAGGGUACUGAUGAACCAGGAUCUGGCCGCCAACGAGCAACUGGCCAUUGUGGGUAACUGUGAGGCUCUGGGCAAUUGGCAGCACUCGGGAGCUGCUCUUCUGUCCAAGGAGGACGCAGAUGAUGAGGAUAGCAAUCUCUGGACAGGCGAGGUCUAUAUUCCGCGGCACUGUGACACCGACUAUCGCUACAUGGUCUGUGCCGUGGAUCCAGGUGCCGAGCAACUGAUGGUCCGCCGUUGGGAGACCCAAUUACAGCCUAGAACCAUCAAGGAACUGGAUGAGCAGCCGCUUAAGUCUGACAUGGAUAUAUUUGGCUCGAUCAAGGGCCAGGAGAAGGUGGAUCGUGGAUGGCUGACCAAGGAGACACUGGUUCAGCUGAAGUUCUUCUAUGCCCCAUUCACUUUUAAGCAGCGCAUGAAGAGGAGGCACAUUCAGGUCAAGGUCACGCCCAUGAAUUUGAGUAUUCCGAGUGCCGGUUGUGGUGAGUCUGCCACGCCCCUUUCUCCCCUAGAGGAUUCCCUGUCGAAUGACACGCAUGACACCAAGGAGAAUGGUGGCGAAUCCUCCACAGCCUUUGCCUUCAGCGAGGUGGUGACUUUGAGUGCCGACGAGUGUGAGGUCAGAGGUCAAGAGCAAUUCGGCACCGCCUGCGGACCCAGCGACUUGGUUAUAUUCCACCUGACCGUGGGAGACUUUGAGAACACCGCCUAUUUGAUUGAUUUGUACAGCUACAGUUCGCGAGUGGCCAAAGAAGAUGGACCGCCGAAUCACUUGGGCUACCACUAUGUGCUGCCCAAUCUUUUCAAGCGUUCGGAGGGGAAUCUGGAGCUGCCCAUCACCUGUGCCAAGGGCCAUCGACCGCUGGGCAUGAUGCGAUUGGGCUAUCUGAUCGUAAAGCCCUCCUCGCAAUGUGCCCACAUGGACAUGAGUGUGAGCUAUGGCCGGUACUGGAAUAGCAAGUGGACGGGUCUGGAUGUGGGCCAUCGCGGUUCGGGCACCAGUUUCAAGGCCAAAGAUGCUGUGAUCCGUGAGAACACCAUUACCUCCCUGAAGAAUGCCGCCGAACAUGGUGCCGAUAUGGUGGAAUUCGAUGUUCAACUGAGCAAAGAUCUAGUGCCAGUGGUCUAUCAUGAUUUUAUGAUCUAUGUCUCGCUGAAAUCAAAGUGUAGCAUGCAGGAGCAUGAUUUUCUGGCUUUGCCCAUGAGGGAGUUGACCCUGGAGCAGUUGAAAAAGCUGAAGGUCUAUCACAUAGCAGAGGGUUUGUCCAGGGAAACGCGCUCAUUUCACAACGAUGACUUGCUGGAGCAUCAGCCUUUUCCCCAGUUAGCCGAUGUCUUGGACGCCCUUGAUGUGCAUGUGGGUUUCAACAUUGAAAUCAAGUGGUCACAGAGGCUGGAAGAUGGCAAAAUGGAGGAGGAAUUUGAGCAUGUGGUGGAUCGAAAUCUCUAUAUCGAUUGCAUAUUGGAUGUGAUCCUGCGAAAGGCUGGCAAUCGCCGCGUGGUACUCAGUUGUUUCGAUCCGGAUAUUUGCACCAUACUGAGAUUCAAGCAAAAUCGUUAUCCCGUCAUGUUCCUAACACUCGGAAGGACUACGAAGUACCAGCAGUAUUUGGAUCCCAGGGGCAACUCCAUGGAACUGGCCGUGUGGCAUGCCGUGGCCAUGGAGUUCCUGGGCGUGGUGGCCCACACGGAGGACCUGCUGCGAGAUCCCAGUCAGGUGAAUCUGGCCAAGGAGCGCGGCCUGGUGCUAUUCUGCUGGGGCGACGACAACAACUCCAAGGACACCAUCAAGCUGCUCAAGGAACUCGGCCUGCACGCCAUCAUCUAUGACAAAAUGGAUGUGCUGACCACCAAGGAGGUCAAGCAAAGUGUUUUUCACCUGCAAGCCAAGGACAGCCAAAAAGAGCUGCUUAAAUUGCAGGCCCUGGAGAUGGGACACGUUUGGCACACCUCGUCCGAUGGGAACGAGGAACAGCAGGCAUAGGCAUUGCGUAUUGCAUAUUGCAUAUUGCAUAUUGCAUAUUGCAUAUUGCAUAUUGCAUAUUGCAUAUUGCAUAUUGGAUCCUCUACACUAUUUUAUACUCAUCUUUAUGUACGCAAAUAACGCUUUGCUAGGACCAAAACGCAUCUGAUUUCUGCCAUUACCAUUUCUCCAUUUAAUCACUUAGCAAAUUGCAUUUGAUUUUUAUAAAUAGUUAAAUUACAAAUGUACUUACUAUCUGUCCAACCAAAUAAGAAAAUUUUUUCAGCAACUCAAUUAAACAGCUCUGUACUUCA